GAGGAAAACAUAAGAAAAUAAUACCCAUGCACAUGAACUUCAAAGCCUGGAAGAAAUCAUUAAAGGUCCAUCAAAGCGCAAACCGAUUCGAAAUGGCUCUGGAUUGGCUUAAAAUCAGCUUGAAUCAAAACCUCGCGGACUCCAGCGAGUUAGAAGCAACGAGGGAUGGAAUGGAUGAUGGCAAGAAUCGAUGGCCAGUUAUCUCACAUCGCGAUAAUCGCAUCUGGAAGCAUAUGCUAAAUGACUGGAUCCAUCAGAUAUCAUCAAAUCGGUAUCAUACACACGAAAAUGGGUCUCAGAAGUCCCUGGGUCAAAGAGGUUCGGUGGAUCGACUGCAAAGGGACCUUAUAGAAGCUCUACUUGGUCAUGGCAUUCUCACAGAGCACGAUCUGUGUCUGUUAACACCUGUUUCAUCCAUCAAAGGUCAUUCAGCCAACUCUGAUCAGAUAUAUGACGCAAACGGAUGCCCAUACAAAUCAAUUAAAGCUUCCAAGUGCUCAUGGUGGACAUCGCCGGAACCAGAAGUUGCGGGUUUCGAGCCGAUUCAAGUGAGGCGUGCGUUAGAUGUGCGUGAGGAGCAGGAUUCACUCAGGCUUUCUGCUACAAUAGCACCAAUGGAUACGAUCAUCUCUGGGGAGCAGGAAAAUGAGAGAGAGACUUCAAAGUCUACAUUAAGACCCCAGCUUACCCGAUCUGGAAUUGAGACUCUUGAAUCUCGAGACAUAGACUAUGAAGCGAGGCUCAUGGAAAUUUUAUCGGACUUAUGGUGA